AUGUCCAUCACGGCGCGGACGCGCAAGCAGCAUGCCGUCCGUGUCCGCAUUCUUGGACCCCAGUGCCUCUCGGAGAAGGCCUGGCCCCGAAUGGGCACCCUCACCCUGUCUUCCCUGGGCUGGGGGGUCCGGAGUGAGCAGGGCGCCCCGCACACACCGGCCGUUUCAAUGGGUGAAGCCACGUCCUGGCCACAGGCCUGUCCUGGACCUGGAAGCCUCCAAGCAGGACGUCGUUACCGGGAUGUGAUCAAGGCCCCCUCCUCCAGGCUGGCGGUCCUCCCGGGGGAACCUGACGGAAGGCGCCGGGCCGGGCGGGAGGGCGUGCUCGCGGCCGCCAGCGGGGGGGCCGGGAUAAAUGGCCCCAGUCAUGCGGCCGCGGCGAGUGCGCGUCGAAGAAGCUAUAAAUUACCCGGCCGGCCCGCGCCACCGCGGCGGGAGGGGCAGGGGGGCGCGGCGCUCCGGGCUCCCCAAGAGGGGUCCUGGGCUGCCCAGUUCCUCCAGAGCGCCCCCCUCAUCACUCCGAGCCCCAUAAAGCCACAGCGGGCAUCGCAGCUGGAGCCCCGCGUUGCCCGCACGCUGCCGGGUCCCGUCCAGCCCCCGGCCCCUCUAGUCCUGGCAGCCGGCACCCUCCUGACCCCAGCCCCCCUCAGGGCCAGGGUCCAAGGACCUGUCUGGGGCCGCUCCUACCCCUACCACCUCAGUGGGGCGGCGCUGAAAGCCGGGGUCACGCUCCGGAGGGGCCCGGCCCGUCUGCGACGGGAGGCCCCCGCGCCCGGCCUGGGGCCUGGGAACCAGAGGGGCGUGGAGGACCCCUCCCCCGCCGGACCCCGCCGUCUGCCUUUCCCCACACCUCCCGCCUGGGGUCCGGCCUCAUCAGGCCUUCAGGCCUGCUUGGGAGCCGAGGGGCCCCGGGCAGAAGGUGGCCCUGGGCCCCGCGUGGCCUUCUCCCUGCUGGCCACACGGGGUUCCCCUGGCUGCGCUCCCGGCCUCCAGAUCACACUGGAGGGAGAUGAGCACCCCUCUCAGGGGGACUGCGCCUUCUCCCUGGAAACAGCUCCUGGGCCCUGGACUCUCACUCAGCCUCACCACCUGCCCCCCGGGGCCAGCCCAGAGCAGGGUCCCCCAGGAACCCUCUGGAACCGCUCUUCUGGGGUACACCCCGGCACUGUCACCUACACCCCUCUUUGGACCAGGCACACACAGGGACCGGCGCGGGCUCAGCCGGGGCUGAGUCUCAGGCUGCGGUGUCCAGCCACCUCGCUGGGCUCUGGGGCAGCUGCUGGGAGGCCCGAGGCAGCGGCAAGCCUGCAGGGGUUCCCGGAGGGCGCUGGAGCGGCCGGCCGGUUCACACCGCGCUCAGAAGCCAGACCCCGCCACCCCGUGACGGCCUGUCGGCCGAGACCCCCUGGGCUGACGCUGGGGCAGGCCCCGCCCCGGGAGCGGGGCGCACACUGCGCUCUGCCGCGCGGGCGCGGGCGGGCGGGCAGCUUUAAUUACCGCUGGCUGGGGCCAUUGAGCCGCGCUAAUCCGGGGCCGCGGCUGCGGGCGGCUCGGGCGGGCGCCCCCUCCCCCCCAGCCCGGGCACGGGGUCCCCGGGUUCUCACGUCCUGCCGGCCCCAAUUAAAGCGAGCUCGGCAGGGCUGCCGCUGUGCUAAUGAGCUCCGUGGCCGCUGGGCUGCGCGCCAGGGGGGCGCGGGGGCGGGGUGGGGGCGGGGCUGGCUUGGGUGGGGCGACUUGGGACCAUUCCCGGGGAGAGGCCCGGACUCCCUGAAUGUGCUCACCUGCGGAGGGGGGUCCCCGCAUCCCCCACUCAGAAGUCAGGACGCCCUGAGUGCAGGGCAGGGGCUGGGGUCGGAGGGCCGGGGAGGGCCCCCCCGGGAGUGGUGCUGGGACCGGUGGUCUGUCCAGGUCGUCCCCCACACCUGGGCCUGGGACGAAGAUGUCAGAGCUGCCGGUUCUGGCACCUGGCUAGGGUCUGCAGGCUCAUGGGGCUUGGACGCCGGGGCACCACCACCUCAGCUUUGCACACGAAGAGAGGCCUGGGGCCUGGAGCUCGGGGCCAAAGGGGCCCGUGCCCUGACAGUCCAGGCUCUCAACCCAGGGGGCUCGCGGAGGAGGAGGGGGGCGGCACGGCGGCACGGCGGCAGGACCCAGAGACUCUGCGAGAAACUCUCUAGACCCACCCACGGGGCCCCGCUUCGCUUAGGCAGGGUGGCCCCUGGGGUCUCUGCAGGUUGUGCAAGCCUCCUCUACCCCCCCAGCCCCCGGGGCUUUGGGUCCCUCGGGAGCUGCGGCCCAGGCAGGGCCGUGGGGACGGGGGGCCCGGUUCAGCAUGAGCCCACCAGACGGGGGCUGUCAGCGCGGGGCCUCGUGGUCUCUCUGGGGCCCCAGGCCCGGCUCAUGGGGCGGCCCGAACUCUCACUCCUGCCCCGGCCAGCUGCGGACCGAGGCGGCAGGGCCCAGAAGCUGAAGGGAAAGGGCCCGUCGCACCCAGGCCAGGUGUCGGCGCCUGGGAAGCGGCCAAGCGGAAACCCGAGCCCGGCACCCCUGUCCGUGGCCAGGCUGGCCGUCCCCAGAGACGGCACCCUGGUCCCCAGCCCCUCCCAGGGCGAUCUGUCCCAGAUCCGGGCGGGGGCCAGCCCUGGGGGGCCUGCAACCACUUCCAGGCACUCGGGCCAGACUGUCCCAGGGGGUGACCACGACGGGCCAGCUUGCCCGCUGCCUGCCAGGCCCGUGCCCAGCUGCGGUCCCCACCUGGGCCCUGCACUCACUGCCCCUGCGCUGGCCACGCGCGUCCCUGCCUCUGAGACCCCCGCCCGGCUGGGGCUUGCCUGGGAAGCCCCUUCCGAGCACACGGCUCGGGGCCUGCCCCCCAGCCGUCACUGCCCGGCUCUCUCGUCCUGCUCUCCGCCCCCAAACGUCCCCUCCAGCUCCGGGCAGACCCCCGCCAGGGGCUUUCGGGACACUGGCUUCCAGCUUGACCCCAGGUCUCCCCUGGGCUUAGCUGCCCCGCCCCCAACCCACCCGGGGCAGCCCCAUGGCCCUGAGUCCCGAGCUCUCUGGAGGACACGGUCACAGAAGCUGAGGUCAAGGCUGGAGUCCAGUCAGCCUCAGCCGGGCGGACACAGCCUCAUGGACGAGUGGACCCUGGGCCGACAGCCCCGGCCGGCACUGCUGCCCUUGCGCUCCGCUGGGCUGGCCGCUGACCCUGACGCCUCCUGA